AUGGACGACUACGAGGUGGAGCGGGAUGGCUCUAACAAUCCAGCUCAAAGUAUACCAGCGGCACAACUCAUUUCACUUGGUCGGCAGAGAUCUACUGGUAACACUAAAUCUACUGCGAAGCAACUUGAAGACAGCAAGAAGCUAGAGUCUCCGAACGCAAUCCUCACCAAGUAUGACGUUGGCUGGCGCAGGAUUGUGAGAAAUUUCAGCCCGUCAUGGUUCUCAACAUCUAUGGGGACAGGCAUUGUGUCUCUGCUGUUCGCCGCAAUUCCCUUCAAAGCACAAUGGCUCUACUGGUUUGCUGUCGUAUUCCUUGGACUCAACGCUGUCCUGUUCACUUGCGCCUUCAGCAUUUCGAUCCUACGGUACGCAUUGUACCCUGAGAUAUGGUCUGUCAUGAUCGCAGACAGUACCAACUCGCUCUUUCUCGGUACAAUACCCAUGGGUUUCGCGACGCUCAUCUCUGCCUGGUGCACUUUGUGUGUGCCUUACUGGGGCCCCUGGGCCGUCACAUUCGCCUGGAUUUGCUGGAUAAUUGACUCGGUCGUAGCAGUGGCAGUGACAAUCUCACUUACAAUUCUGUUGAUAUCCGCGAAUGAUCGACAGAAUCUGGAUAGAAUCACAGCUGUCCAGCUAUUACCCAUCGCUGCGUCAAUUGUCGCUGCAGGUACCGGCGCUCGCGUAGCUGAACACCUCCAGGAUCCCAACACCGCACUGGGCACACUGAUUGCAUCCUACAUUAUGUGGGGCAUGGGUACGCCUCUUGCAAUGACUGUACUUGUCAUGUACUACACGCGUCUUGCACUUCACAAAUUACCGCCACGUGAGAUCGUAGUCUCUUCUUUCCUCCCUCUCGGACCUCUCGGAAUGGGAGGAUAUGCGAUCGCCUACCUUGGAAACGUUGCUCGUCGUGUCUUCUUGCGAACUGGGUUUUUAUCCGACAUACCUGUGGCCGGCGAUGUCUUUUUCAUAGUCGGAAUUUUCAUUGCUCUUAUGAUGUGGGCCUUUGGCCUAACCUGGCUCUGCUUUGCUCUUGCAUCAAUCUUCAAAUCUCGUCCAUUCCCUUUCAAUAUGGGCUGGUGGGGUUUCACCUUUCCUCUCGGAGUGAUGGCCCUAAGCACGAUGGAGCUUGGCCUUAUAUUUCCCAGUCUGUUUUUCAAAGUUCUUGGAACCGUCUUUGCUGUUGCUGUGAUCGUCCUCUGGUGCGUCGUAGCUGUUGGAACGGUCGAGGGAGCCUGGACUGGGCGACUGUUCAACGCACCCUGUCUCAAGAACCUCCCAAAGAAAGAUGACGAGCAAACACAAGACAAUGCGCAGAAGGAAGAAGGAGCUGCUGCUGCGACUGGCUAG